AUGGACUGCUUUGUCAAGAUCUGCAUGGCCCUGAAGCAUGUACAUGACCAGGGCCUUCUUCACAGAGAACUGAGACCCCAGAACAUACUUCUCACACAAUUUGAAACACUUCGUUUGGGAGCGUUUGGAAGUGCCAAUGAAAAGACUACCAACGAGGAUGGAAUGGUGGGAUAUUUAGGCCCAGAGAUUCUAACUGGUGGAAUCUAUGACACCAAAAGUGAUAUUUGGUCCUUGGGGUGUGUGCUGUAUGAGAUGUGUAUGCUUCAGGAUGCAUUCACUGCAGAGAACACAUUGAAGCUCAUUGAAAAAAUAUUGGGCGGUCCUUACCCAUCUCUACCAAAGAGCUUCUCACCGGAGCUCCGCGACCUCCUGUGUGACAUCUUCCAACAAGACCCGACCAUUAGGCCUUCAGCUGGUGACAUCAUGGCGAAACCCUUCAUUAUCACUUUCCUCACAAAAAAGAGUGAGAAAACUGUGGAGGAACUCCAGACAACCUUGGACAAGCUGAGAACUCUGGCAGACGGCUUGGAGAGUAUGCACAAAGGCACCACCAUAGGCAGUCUGACGGGAGGUGUUAUUGGGGCAGCUGGAGGAAUCACCUCUAUAGUGGGGCUCAUCCUGGCUCCCUUCACUCUGGGCGCCUCCCUGAUCGUCACUGGUGUGGGUAUUGGGAUUGCUGUCGCUGGUGGAGCCACAGCAGGAGUAUCCAACAUCACCAACAUGGUCAAUCAGUCCACUGACCGCCUAGCCAUGAAGAACAUCAUCAAGGAGUUCCAGGAGAAGAUGAACUCUGUGGUGACAUCUCUACAAAACAUUGCUGAGGGUUUGGAGACACUCAUGCAAAGUAGCUCUUCUAAGAUAGAAAGUGCCGGUUUCAAUGUAGAGGCCGCUGUUAGUGCUGGGGUGAGGGCUGGGAAAGGCCUUGCGGGCACAAUAGAGCUCUUCAGACUACUCCAGGUGGCCAAUAUUGGCAAGGUGGCAGCCCAAAGUGCCAGGGCAGUGCGUGUGGCAGAGGUGGCGACAGGAAUAUUUUCAGCUUUUUUUGUAGCUGUUGAUAUCUUCUUCAUCGCUAUGGAUGCCAGAGAGAUCCACAACAUCCAACAGGCAAAGGUGAAUGAACAGUCUGGUGAUACCAGUAAGUUAGAAGUGAUGGACACAGACUCCACCACUGAGCUGAACCCUGCAUGUGAAGAACCAAAGGCUGAGGUCAAGUCAGAGACCAUGAAGUUCAUCCAGACGAUCAGACAGACAGCUGAACAGCUACAGGAGAGCCUGGACGAACUGAGUGACGUCAUCUCGUUCAUUCCUAAGAUAUAGGACUGUUACUUAGACGACUGGCCUACUCAGUGAUUGUACGAGAUGCAUAAACAACAGAUCCAAUCAUACUUUAAAAUGCAACUUGUCUGCAAAAGACAGGCAUAGGCAGAUUGCCUUUUUGAUUCCCAGAACCUGACAUAAAUCCUUAAGACAUUGCUUGUACAACUCAGCUACGAUAACUAAGUGGUACAGAUCAAUUACACAGACGCCUCUACUUCUGAAACAUUUCAUUUUAUAUCAUCACCAUGUCAUGGAAUUAUUCUAAUCAAAAGGAGAGACUUUAACAUUUCUUCAAAACAAGUCAACUUUAUUAUUUAAUUACUGCAGUAAUGGAGCUUGUCAACGAGCCCCCCGUAGGUGAUUAGUUGAGAGCCCAACCAGCAGGACUAAGCCACAGCAUUUUAUAGCAAAGUCCAUCCUCCUGGAUGUUCAUGACAAAUCACAGAUGUAUGGAAUGGGUCACAAGGUUAGGAUUCAUUUGAAAUAUACUAAUAAUUCACAGCAAACAGUAUCUGCUGUAAAGACUGUUCUCAUUGUGUAGAAACCAGAGUCUGGCCCCCAACUCCAUACUGGAGCCAUCUCCCCCGGUACCCCAGUACAGAAACAUUAACUCAUGCUAUAGAAUGCGGUCUUGUUAGGCUUAUCACCCAAAGACAUCGUAAAUCUUCUGUCAGUGUUACAUUUCCCAGAGGCCCACGUUCAGUUCACGCAGACACAGUUUUAAGAACCCUCUAUUCUGUUGCAUAAACAACCCUUUGCUGCAAUUACAGUAUUAUAACAUAAUCUUGAAAUUUUGUCUACCAUAACCGUCAGGAUGAUUUGAUCUGUACAUAAUUUUCUUCAAACAAAUUGUAUUAAAAUAGUAAGCAAGUGCAAAAUGAUCAUUUUCAAUCUAUUCAUACAGGAAGGUGCAUGGUGAUUGUAUAGAAUUGUGUUAAUAAAACACUGACUGAUAUGAAACAUUAUACAUUAAUGUUUCUUG